GGUUACCUUUCCUUUGUUAAAUUUUAAUCCUGUGACAUCUGUUGACUCGAUCACUUGCUUUGAUUGAACUAAAACCCAUCGCUGAAUACGAAGUACAGUCCUCUAAAUUUCUGGUGAAGACCUCUUUAAAAAUAAAAAAGAAGAAGAAAACAACUGGUGUAAAGUUUCAAAGAAGAAUCAAUGAUGGAUUCUGUAGAGGCAAAAUAUGCUAAAGCGGCGAUAUCUUUCACAUAAAUAAAUGCACAUUGAAAAGAAUAACAUUAGAUUUGAAGACGCAUAAAAUGAUAUAAAUAUAUUAAUUAAAAUCCCGAAUUGUUAAAUUAGCCCAGAAAACACCAAGUGAUUAGCGUUAUUAUCCUUCAGUCAGAGCUUUCACGUGCUAAUCUCUCAGACAUCAUACGUUUAUUUUUACUUUUGACAAAAAAAUGGAUAAGUCACCGAAUUUUGUGCUGAAGUUGCCACUCGAGGAAAUGGCUCUCAGAAAAGUAGUUGUCAGUUUGUGGAAUGAAAAGGAUAUUUUGACUUCCAUCGGUGAAUUUCUAUUCGAGGUGUAUAAUGAAGAUGACUUGAAAGUACAAUGGCAAUAUGAAAUUGAAAAUGAGGUAAAAGAUAAAGCGUCGAGACUUCUAUUGCCUGAAUUGCUGAAGAAACGUUUGAUGCGUGUAAUUAGACCUAUUGGACUGGAAAUUUUUAAAUGGAUACGAUACUCAUACAAAUCAUAUUAUUUAAUUUACUAUUUAAAAUAUCCCAGAUUAGGCAUUUUAAAACAACUGCGUUGGACAUCUGCAGGAGCUAUAGACUAUCAAAAAACAGCGGGAGCAAUCAUAAGCCUUAAUAUUUUUGAUGUUGUGAAAAAUUACAAAUUGGCUUGUGAAUAUUGCCUAGUGGAUGUGCUUCCACUUCUUUGGAGGAAACUCGAUUCGAGUGAUGAAAAGAAGUUUUGUGAAGAGGAAAACUUCUGGAUAGACCAUGUGACGUUUUUGGAGCUUUAUUGGUCUUACUUUCUGAAAGGAGAAAAAUCUAAACUGUAUUCUAGCUUCUCCUGGAACUUCAUAGAUUUUAAUCAUGAAGCUUUUGAAACUUCUGUCCGCACAGGAAAUAAAGUGGCAACUAAAUAUUUUUUUUCAAAGUUAAAUAACGAAGAACGAAACACUUGUUUAUUUUAUGCCUUCACUAAUGCCGUCAAACGAAGUGGCGAGAAGAAUGAUAUACCUAAAGAAAUGCCUGAAGUCUUACUUUAUUUAUUUUCCCAGAUGAGUCCCGAACAACAGAUGCAAGUUUUAAAAGAGCAUACUCGGGGGGUUCUAAGGUUUUUCCUGGAUUGGCCACUGCAAGAUCUUUACCUAGAUAUCGCAGAUAUCACCCGAGCGUUUCUAUCUGAAGAAAGUUUCUAUGAUUUGCUUCACGAUACUAUCGAAGAUGCAAUAGAUUCAGGUUACUAUUUCCCAGACUUGAUGCAGAAAUGUUUCCUCCGUUGCCCCGCUGAUUUUAGAACGAAGUUCAUAAAUCGGUUUGUUUCUCAUUUUUAUAAAUUCGAAGAUAUAGAAAUUGCCAGAAUUGUUUUCAAAAGUAUCGACCGCGAAAUCAGAAUGGAGCUCUUGUUUAGAAAUUUGUGGUUUUUUCAACUUCUCUCCGAUCUUAUAUUGAACGACAAAUGGAAUGUUGUGGAAGAAUGCAUUCAAGAAGCUUCCUUAUCAGAAGGAGACAAGAAAAGGCUGAUGCAGGAUCUUUGGGAAUCUCUUCCAUUUCCCGAAAAGGCCCAAAAGCGGAUAUCGAAAAGAUUCGUCGACUUCCUCGACGAAACCGAUGCGGACGCUCGUGGCAAAGUGGAGAACGAAACAGUGACAACAGUUAAAAAACUCUGUACCGAAGACAAAAAGAACAAUUCAUCCUGAAGUUAAAAAGAAAAUGCAGCUAUUGUUUUCUGAAUAUUAAACACUUUAUUAAAAAGUAGCUGUCGUUAACUAAAUAUGUAUUCAUAAGAGUAAUUGAUAAUAAUUAGUAAUAGUAAUUGACAAAACCAGUGGGUGUGGUCGUCCCAAAACUUUCUCGCAUUCUUUAUUAAAGAUGUUAUCCUAAUGGCUGCCUUACAUGACAUUGGAGUACAAUAAUUUGAAACAUUGACUAUUGAUAUGAAUUUAGCAUUUUCACUACGUCUAUAGUAUCAUCCUUGGCGAGUUAUUUGGCGAUUCAUCCCUGGCAUGAGGUUAAAAGUGUCAGAAAAUCGAAUUUGUGUUUUGGACACAUUUUACUCAAACCGAUUGAAAAAAAAAAACAUUUGACACAAAACUGCACUUGUAAUUACAAAUUUCCAUACCAAAUUUGAUAUAUUUAAAUCAUUAGGUUUUUGAAUUAUGGCGUUUACCUGUUCCUGAAAGUGUAGAUCUAAAGACAGUCAACCCUUAAUUGGAUUUAGUUUAAAAUUGACUGGUGUCACUACACUACUCAUCUAUCUGGCUCUCUUCGUUUUUUUAGUAAACGUCUUAACUUAUAUUCGAACAGCAGGACAUAGGGACUUCCUUUUAGCAUAUUUUACUCAAAAUUUGAUGGAAACCUGCAAACCUCUAUACUACGUAUACGAGAAAGUAAAAAUGUAUCUUUAAAUCUAAAUUAAAUAAUUAAUUUUUUUUAGAAAUCUUAUUGUUUCAAGACAAACAAAGGUAGCUGUUUAAUCAAUUAAGAGCUAAAUUGUAUGAAAAUGUAUGUUUUUUACAUAAAUGCAAAAUAUUAACAUAUAUUUCACGACACAAUUUUUAAGUCAAUACAGAAAUUUUCACUUUGAAAGCAUAUAUUUCUUGUGUUAUAAAAAAAAUUUGAUUUUCUAAAAACACAAUUUUUUUUAUAAUAUUAUUCUUUGUAAGCCGCACUUUUUGGAAGACCUGAAAAUCACAAGGAUUGAGGUCCAGAAGAUGCAGUUGCCACCUGCAAAAUAAAUACCUUUCAAUUAUUCGGCUAUGUAUGAAAUGUCACGUGGAACUUUCUGAAUUCCUAUCCAAUGAGCGGAGGUGCUCCAAUUUGCAUAAACAGCUGCUGUGUUGCAGUUGCAGAUAAGAGGAUGUAAAAGCAUUUUUGAAUUUCUCUGACCAAUGACAAUAGUUUAUAAAAAAAUUGUAUCAAGGCGUCAAUUUUUGCAUUUUGAGUAAUGGCAACUUCACCAGAUGCUCACUUAACGAAUUCGAUUGUUCUGAGAGUGUGCACUGUAUACUUAUAAUACAUCACAUGCAUCAGCAAUGACAAAUAAAAUUUAUAAUGAAUAUUUUUUGUCAUAAUUCAUAAUUUUUUAUAAUUUUUUGUAAUUUAUUCAUAAUUUUUUGCCCACUAACUGAAUUGCC